AUGGAGGAAAAUCUUCCUCCUGGAUUCAGGUUUCAUCCCACAGAUGAAGAACUCAUCACUUAUUAUCUUUGUAAUAAAGUUUCAGAUUUUGGUUUCACUUCUAGGGCUAUUACUGAUGUUGAUCUCAAUAAGUGUGAACCUUGGGAUCUUCCUGCCAAAGCCUCCAUGGGUGAAAAAGAAUGGUAUUUCUUCAGCUUGCGAGACCGCAAGUACCCGACUGGAUUGAGGACCAAUAGAGCUACAGAAGCAGGUUACUGGAAAACAACAGGCAAAGACAGAGAGAUUUAUGGUGGUGAUGUCUUGGUUGGAAUGAAGAAAACCCUAGUUUUUUACAGAGGUAGAGCUCCCAAGGGUGAAAAAACCAAUUGGGUUAUGCAUGAAUAUAGACUAGAAACCAAGCAUGCCUUCAAACCCACAAAGGAGGAAUGGGCGGUAUGUAGAGUCUUCCUGAAGAGUUCAAUAGUGAAGAAACCUCAGCAAACACCGGCCUCACCGCAAUCCCAAGAAUCUCCCUGUGAUACAAAUGGAAUCAUCAAUGAGCUCGGGGACAUCGAAUUACCAAACAUCACCAACAACAUUUCCGGCCUACAAAACUACAACGGGCUGGGGUUGGAUCCUAACAUGAACUGGAUUAAUGCUGCAGCAAACUCUCUGCAGCCAUCACUAACCAGCUGUUGGCCACUGCUAAAUUCCAAUCUUUCAAUGAAUUCUUUGCUUCUUACUGCAUUGCAGCUUAGAGGCCAUCAGCCGCAGCCCCAAGGAGGCACAAGUGCCGAUUAUUCAUCAUUUAUCCCACAAGGGAUUUCUUCUGAAUUUGGAAAUAUUGAUAUAUUGGCUCCUUCAUCCAGGGUUUUAGAUUCUGUCCAGCAGCUGCAAACACAAGAACAGCUGCAGUCGUAUAAUGUGGACUGCCAGAACUUGCUGAAGGUUAAUCCAAGUGCCACUACUAACUACUUGUAA